AUGGCACUGGCAAAGGAGCCGGAGUCAGAGGGGUCGGCCUUGGAGCGAGACAUGGUGGAGGAGGAGGGUGGUGCGCUCUCCUGCAAGCCCCGCAACGGCGUCGCCUCCCUCCGCGACGACAGCCUCGACACCUACUGGCAGUCGGACGGCGCGCAGCCGCACCUGGUCAACAUCCAGUUCCAGAAGAAGGUGCAGCUGCAGCUUGUUGUGCUGUACGUGGAUUUGAAGCUGGACGAGAGCUACACGCCCAGCAAGAUCUCCAUCCGGGCCGGCGACGGCUUCCACAAUCUCAAGGUGGUAACUCCCUCCACCGCGAUACAUCGUCGUUUCAACAAUGUUCAGGGGCUUCUGAUCUGUGCUCGAUGGUCAGAGGACUUAGCAAAUGUUGUUGCUUGAGGAUGGCAUUUGA